CACUUUUCACUUUAUAAGUACCUCCCUAUAUAAAAAGCACGUCUACAACAAUAUUUCCUCCUCAACCCCAACCAAAAACUUCUUCAUUAAGAAUAAUCCAAUAAUGGCUGAAGAGAAUCAAGCGAUUAAGCUCUUUGGUGCAACGAUUAAACUACAUGAUGUUGAAACAAAAGAAAGAGAAGGAGAUGAAGAUCCGACGGUGGAGAAGAGAUCAGAGAAGAUCAUACCGUGUCCAAGAUGCAAGAGCAUGGAGACUAAAUUCUGUUAUUUCAACAACUACAACGUGAAUCAGCCCAGACAUUUCUGUAAGAGCUGUCAGAGGUAUUGGACGGCUGGUGGAGCCCUCCGUAACGUACCAGUUGGAGCCGGUCGUCGGAAGGCUAAGCCGCCGGGACAUGAAGAUAGCGGUUCAAAUUCGCCGGAGAGUUGUUUUUAUGAAGGUGAUUCUGAUGAUCAUGGACAUCAGUGGCACGUUGAAACGGUUCCUGAGAGUGGUUUCCGGGAAGGUUUUUCCGGUAAACGGCGGAGGAAGAAUUCAGGUUGUUAUUCGUUAGCUAUGAUGUAAUUUUUGUCUUGUUCUUUUUUAACUAUGGAUAGAGAAUAAACCAUUUUCUCACCUAUGAAUUUUAAGUUUUUAAAGUUUAGGUAAGGAGGUAUUAAAAGAGUAUAAAAUUGAAAUGUAUAUUUGUAUCUUAUGGAAAAUUAUUAUUCUCAAUUUAAAUUUAGAGUAUAUUUGAUCAUUAAUUGAUGAUUAUAUAUUGGGUACUAAUGAGAAUGUUAAUGUAAACCAUUUACUUAUAAAGUAAGAGUCAAUGGUAUUCUCUUUUUUCUUUUUCUUUUUUUUCAAUUGAUGUAUUAUUUUUUAAUUAGAAUUUCUAUUUGGUAUAAAGUAGUAAGAAUGAUCCAUAUAUAAUAGUUCUUUUUUGUUAUUUUCAUAAAGUGGAAAAUGUAAUAAAA